UAUAAUUAAUCUUAAAAUAAACAUGAGACACCCUUUAACGAAGAAACUCUACAAAUAGCAAAAAAGUCUCUCUUUUAUUUCUUCCAGACCAAAGUAUCAACCCAUUAUCUCUCUCAUGGCUUCCACUUCAAAUAACACCGCCGCCAUGCGCCACAGUUCACCCUCCUAUGGAUCUGACCCGUCGUCGCCGAACACCACCUUCGUACUAGCCGACCCAUCCACCUUCCGCACCAUUGUUCAAAAACUCACCGGAGCGCCCGAUGACCUAUCAACCCAAAAGCUCCCUCUCACCGACCACCCAAGUCGACCAUCUGCAAUUCCAGGCCCUAAAAGACCUGCAGUCAAGCUUCAUGAAAGGAGACAGAACGCCAAGAACUUACAAAUCAACCUUAACAGCAGCUCCACUAUUAACAGCGGCUUCGAGCAUCCUCAUGAUCUCUUGCAGUUCAGACAGCGAGCGGGUUUCAUGGUGUCGCCGGUUUCGACUUUGGACUUCUUUGGUGCGCGCACGAGCCCUAGGUCACCCUGCGAGGAGUUUUGUUCCCGUGGGAGUAGUCCCAGAGAGGAGGAAGAGAGAGCCAUUGCUGAAAAAGGAUUUUAUCUGCAUCCGAGCCCUUUAAGCACUCCCAGAGGAGCUGAGCCUCCGGAGUUGUUGCCUCUGUUCCCUUUGCGUUCUCCUAGAGACGACAACGGGGAUCAAGAUGAUGAUCGUAACUCUUGUUCUUGAAUUAGGACUCUACUAUUCGAGAAAAAAGAAAUUAGGACUCUACUACUAAUUAAUCUAGGACGCUAGUUAAUUAUUUAAUAUUAUUAUUUGUAAAACGAUCCCUUAAUUUUGAUGGAAAUGUUAAUUAGUGAGGUGCUUCAAAAAUUAAUAAUAGAUUUUUUUC